ACCAAGCAUGAGAGAGGAGGAGCCCUCCAGUGAUGAUCAACCUGAGGGAGGGGUGGUGUCUAAUGAGGAGAACAUGGUAAAACCACCUUCUAACGCCUGUCCUGUUGUUGUACCCACACCAGGCGUCAAUGGACGCAAACGGCAGACAGACUCACACAUGGUGGACCACGUUACCACAAUAACUCCCACCACUUCAGCAGACGGCAAGGUCACACCAGGGGACAACAUCCACAUCUACACCCGAACUGGACCCAAAAGAAUCAAGAAUAGCCCUCAAGAUCGGUCGCCUUCCUCCAGCCAGUCCCUUUCUCCUGUCCCUGGUCCAAGUCCUGGAAGUCUCUCGGGUCUGGAGGAUCCACACGGCCAGCGAGUGAUCGCCAACAUCAGGGAGCGCCAGCGGACACAGUCCCUAAAUGACGCCUUCGCCUCAUUGCGCAAGAUAAUCCCAACGCUGCCGUCGGACAAACUGAGCAAGAUCCAGACCCUGAAGCUGGCAUCGCGCUACAUCGACUUUCUGUAUCAGGUUCUGCAGAGCGAUGAGAUGGACUCUAAGAUGGCCGGAUGUAACUACCUGGCCCACGAGAGACUCAGCUAUGCCUUCUCCGUUUGGAGGAUGGAGGGCGCCUGGUCGAGCAUGUCUGCUGGUCGAUAGCCGCCGACCUGAAGCGAGGUUUGUCUUCUGAUGAAUUCCUCGUGACUGGAAAAUAUUAUUACUUGAUUCAGAGCAAAGGGGGAAGUUUGAACUAUGGCUGCUCACUAGGAAAACAAUUUAAAUGCCUCAGUUAGAUCAUCUUUUUUGCCUCACUGAUGAAGGAUUGGCAAUCUGAUGCUUGUUGGGAGACUCUGUUGAGAUGUGACCCCUUUGUGAAAACUGAAGUUUCAGUGUUGUAAACCUUUGUAUCGGAUCUAUCUACGGAUCAUUUGCUAAAUAAUUUUCUUGUCAAAAGCAGCUCGAGUCACUCAUGGUAGGGA